CAGCACCUUACUAGCCCUCCUCAUUCAUCGCUGAUGCACGUUUGACGUUAGGUGACCCUUGCGCCGGUGUUUGAGCGCAGUUUCCUGAACCACAUUAGCCAGGUUGACCUGUGUGCUACACUACGAUGAACAGUGCUACUUGUGAAUGCCUCGCAUCCGCAAACGAGCUUCUAGCCGCUCACUCAGCUCUGGUCUCUCGUAUACGCGCGACGCAGAAGCACCAUCGUCGCCAGCUUAGGGCCCUACCUUCUCCUCCAAUUGACCUGCUGAGAUUACCGCUAAUUCCCUCACCACCACCGUCACCACCACCAUCUCCGCCCACUUCCCCGCAACUUCCCCAGAAACCUCGUCUCAUUCGUCAGGACCUGCCGCCCCCGAAGAAGGCGCGUGCCUUGCGGUAUCAAAACUACGUUCCAGAGGAGGAGACCAUCCGGAAUGACUACUCGCAGCGUUAUGUGGAUGGUGGAGAGUGGCCGCAGGAUUGGGUGCUGGGUGCGGACCCGGAGCAUCGCUUCGAGGAAUAUCCCAAGCAACAGCGACUACUCGCGUUGAAGAAGGCUUCCGUCGCAGGACACGCUCUCCCGCCUGUCUACCUCCCAUAUUCUCAACUGUCCACCCUCCAUCCCGCAAAGUUCGACGUCAUCCUCAUCGACCCGCCGUUCUCUUCCUCAUUCACAUGGGACGACCUGCAAGAGCUGCCCAUACCCGCGCUCGCCGCAGACCCGUCCUACGUGCUGAUGUGGGUAGGCAGCGGCUCCGGCGAAGGGCUCGAGCGAGGACGAGAGGUCAUGGGGAAGUGGGGCUUCCGCAGGUGCGAGGACAUAGUCUGGGUGAAGACAAACAAGACGAGCAAUCGGGGGCCUGGGACAGACCCGCCUACUACGUCUCUCUUGACGCGGACAAAGCAGCACUGUCUGAUGGGCAUCCGAGGUACAGUCCGACGGUCGACAGACAGCUGGUUCGUCCACUGCAACGUGGACACGGACGUCAUGAUCUGGGAAGGCGACGCGUCGGACCCGACGCUCAAGCCUCCAGAGAUGUAUACGCUCAUCGAGAACUUCUGUCUCGGUCUGCGGAGGCUCGAGAUCUUCGGACGUGCGCGCACGCUCCGGCGGGGCUGGGUCACAGCGCUCGCAGAAGGGGAGGAAGAGCGCAUUGAGCACGGCAUGUCAAUCGACGCAGACGACCAAAACGAAGGCCAAGAGAACGCGACUCCGUGGGAUCGCGAGGUAUGGGAGAACAAGGUCAAGGGGCUCUCGAAUAGCGGGAAGGCUGUCGUGCCGAUGACACCAGAAAUUGAUGCUCUGCGACCGAAGUCUCCAGUGCGCGGCGGCUCUGCCAACACCAACUCAGGCAUGGGCUCCAACUCCUCAACCGCGCCAAUAUCAGGGAACGUCCCCAUGUCGAUGCCCAUGGCCAGCGGGGGCGGGGGCGGGCACGCCCGCGGCAACUUCAGAAACCAAAACGGCAUGAUGAUGCCGCCCGUCAUGGCGAUGAACGGGAUGCCUCAGCCAGGCGAGCUGGGCAUGAUGGGCUGGGACAUGCCGAUGAACAUGAACAUGGGCGGGAUGAACAUGUCUGGCGGCGCGCUCCCCGUGAACAACAUGGGCGGCGCGCCCAUGAACGGCAUGGGCGGGAUGAAUCAUAUGAACAAUAUGAACAACAUGAACAACAUGGGCAACAUGGGCAACAUGAACGGUAUGGGCCACGGCCCAAUGGGCAUGCCCCAACAAGGGAUGGGCUUUUCGCCCGGGGCGCGCCAGGGCUUCGGCGGAUUCGACGGUGGCCAGAUGCAGGGCGGUAUGCAGUGGAUGGGCGGGCCGGACGAGCAUUUCGUCGGCGGGCCUGGGGGUAUGUACCCUGGCAUGGGCGAGCAGAUGAUGGGCAUGAACGGGAUGGGCGGCAACGUACCUAUGGGCGGGGGGAUGAUGAACCAGGGCAUGAACCCGAACAUGGGUAUGGGCAUGGGCCAAUGGGGCGGAGGCGGCUUCGAUGGUCAGUAUUGACGUCGCUGAUUAGACGGCUUCCAGGGACAUCUGUUGUACAUUAGCUGUUGUACGGUACAUAUAUACAUCUACAUGUUGGUAUAAUGAAGACAAGGAUAUGUGAGAUCAAUCGCCAGAGAACAAGAUUCGGCGCCGGAAAGGACAAGAGUCGUCAUCGUAUCAGAGCUUCCUUCCCGCCCGAGCGUGGUGUCGGUCCAAUUCAACAAGGAAGUCAUUCUGUCGUCCUACGGACCAUUUGUUG